GACUUGUCGUGCUUGACGACCGCAAGUACGUCAAGUGGGCAGAUGAUCUAGGAGAUGUAUCGAUGUUCCCUUCGAUGAAGGRGAAUGUCGAAGCAAGGAGAAUAAAGAUGAGUAAAGCAAUAAAGCCGGUUAGGAGCCAGAGCAUCAAGAUAAUCUUUGAGGGGGAUAUCACGACCACACCCAUAAGGGUGGCAGCCACCAAGUCGGCACGAGGGACWACAUCGAAGAAGACUGACACGGAUUACGUGAUGACGGAGAAGRACGGGCAGCGGGUCGAUGGAGAGGAGGUUAUCCUUUCGCCGCGAAGAAGGGGAGUGAAGAAGUUCUUAAUGAAGAGUUCGCUGGACGAGAUUGACACAGUCGAGCCACUGAGGCGGGCCCUUCGGCAACCCAUGCAGUGCUCUAUUCUGGAGUACCUGGCGGCAUCGAAGCMGGCUCGUGAUGAGUUACAGAUGAUCACGCGGAAGACUCGCAUACCUCUAUCGGAGGGGGAUAUGGGGGCCCCUAAGGCGGAAGCUUCUACAGUAACAGUAACGGGGGUGACUGCUAGAGCGGAUCGCAUGGCGAGAGUCCUUCUCGAUGGAAUGGAAGGUGUGCCUCCAGACAAGUUUUAUAUACCUGGUAGCGGGGCCGUGGAGACGAUUAUAAACGAUGGAGCGGUACUCGAUGCUGUGAUCGAUAACGGCAGUGAGGCUGUCAUCAUAGACGAGGACCUGGCAGUAGGGGUUGGACUGGGCCGCGACAGGUCAUACAUGUUCGAGAUAGAGACGGCUGAUGGGAGAAAGCAACAGAUCAUUGGGGUUUGUCACAAGGCAGCCAUAGAAGUCCAAGGAGUGAGAGUGACCCUGCCUGUUUUUGCGGUCAAGAACUGCAGCUCCGACCUGCUCUUGGGUCGAAUGUGGCUGAGCCACGUGCAUGCGGUGACGAUAGAGCGACCUGAUGGGAGCCAAACAUUGUCCAUUAGGAAGCCUGACGGGACACGGGUGAUGAUUGAGACAGUGGAGCCUCGGGACCCGAGGAACAGAGCAGCUCUCGCUGUGGGUGCAAGACCCAGUUAUCAGAUUAGUUCUUUACCCAUCUCCGGCCGCGCGGUGCGAUUUCGCGAGAAGAGAUAUGGACCACUGCUCACAGAGGAAGAAGGUCGGAUCGUGGAGGUGGAAGAUUUAGGAAGCCGACUAAUAGUGGAUGGCAACUCGUACCCAAAGGAAAAAGAGGAGGAAUUUGGCGGUGUGGUAUCCGUGUCUUUUUUAAGGGCACGGCCCCAUAUGGGGGGCUACCCAAGCGACACAAGCGAGUAGCUCAAAAAGUUAAGCCAGCGGCGGUGGGCCGAAAGCGAUCGGCACUGGAAGG